AUGUAUAUUUAUAGGUUUGUCAUUAAAAGUAGCAUAGCAGGUGGUGUUAUUUAUUACACAAUAGAAGAAGGUCUGUGGUCUAGUCCAGAGGAGUCUGGAAAAUUAUACAACAAACUUUACAGCAGUAUUAGUCCAUUAAUCCAGCAAAACUUGCCUCGAGAAAUGGUUCAAGAAAUACAUACCAUACCGAGUCCUGGAGUUUUAAAAACAUGUGCAGCAAGCUAUUGGAAUCAAGGAGUUAUUGCAACUGUCGAUUUCGUAUCUAAAUUGCCAACCCACGUAUCCAAUGGCAUCGAAUGGGCCCAAAAAGAAAUAACGAAAAGUAGUUUAGCAACCAACGAUACGUCAAAAAUUACUGAAGUUAAAUAAACCUAAAUAAUUUUAAUUUAUUCUUAGGAGGAUCUUUUGCGAGAGAAUGAAAAUAGAGGAAUUUAAUUUAUUUUUGCGACCAAGAU